AUGGCCAUCAUCUGGCAGGCCGCACAAUUUACAAUGUGGGAAAUAGUGGACGACUCUGAUAGCAGUUGGUCAUUCACGGCGCCAAUGCUGAUUGGCAUUCUGGCCUUGCUGUGGUUGACUGCUACCGAAUUGGCAACAACAGCACUGGUCUCUGGCUUCUGGAAUCUCUUCACGGUGUACUUCUAUGAACGAGACUAUUUCGCAGGGUCCGUCUAUGGCCUUGCUCUUUUGUCGUUUGCGAUAAUGCCUCUGGCUAUUUGGCUACGACAGAGGCCGGAGGAUCAGGAUUGGAAAUGGACUAUCGAUGUCGAUUCCAAGGUCGGAGAACAGGAUGAAUAUUGCAAUACCUGA